UCAGUUCUAAAAUUAAACCUAACACAAUGAACCAAUUAUUGAAAUUGUUUUUCGUACUUUUUACCUGCAGCAUAUUAAAUGUAUCGCAGUGUAAAUGCACAACGCCUCCGUUGUGCCCAUCUGCACCUUGUGCGAAGCCCCUUUGUCAGCCGGGGGAAACACUGCAAACGUUACCGGGUAAAUGUUGCCCAGAAUGCGUACCCACCCACUGCAUCAGACCGAUUUGUCCUCCUGGUAUCCAAUGCUCCAUUCCGCUGUGUACAGAAGAUGAAAAAAUUGUAAAUUCACCAUAUUCGUGUUGUCCAAUAUGCGUACCGAAGCGUUGCCAAACUACGAAGGAUUGUAUGCUAGUAAGAUGUGCAAUGCCCGACUGUGCUCCAGGUUUUGUUGCUAAAAAACUACCUUGCUACUGUUGCUACCAGUGCGUUGCGAAAGAAUGUCUAGCUGAAGAAGAUUGUGCCGCUAUAAGUUGCCUUAAACCAACGUGUAAACCAGGAGAAACUUUGACGGUACCAAAAUGCCAAUGCUGUCCGAUAUGCUCCCCGACUGGCUAGUUAAUAGAACAUAGAAGCGAAAUUAUAUUCUAUAUAAUGUGAAAAACCACGCAAUAAAAUCAUGUUGAAUAAAUUAAUUUCUUU